GCCAUGGAAGGCAAGGCUGAGGCAGCGCAGGCCUGCGUGACGAAAACGCUCCCAUUUUAAAGGUGAUCACCAGGGUUACCAGCCGCAAAUACUGCAAAACCCACAACAUUUCGCUAUCUUUACUAAUAAUUCCGCAUCUCGAAUGCCCGGCCCCUCUCCCCACAAGAUGGCCGCCACCCCUGAGGAGACCGCUGGGGGGGGGGGAGCGGGGCGGGGCGCGAUCGCGGGGAGCCCGGAGGAGACGGAGAGAGAGAGGAGGGGAGCGGGGAGGCGGCGGCGCCAUGGGGGAGCUGAUGUGGAGCAGCGACAGCGACGAGACGGUGGUGGAGGGCUCGGUGACGGAGAGCGAUGUGGAGGACGAGGAGUUCCGCAGGAGGAGGUUAUUUGUUUUUGAUAAGGACAUGGAUUUAACAGCAGAAAUGAAAAAGAAUGAAGGAGUUUGCUCUCCAGAAAUCGCUUUUAUGCAUAUAGCUCACGAUCAUAUGUAUGGACUAAAAGUAAAACAGAUUUCACAGAAAACAAGUUAUGAAGGUCUCUCUCCAGAAACAAGCCUGCAUCCAGAUGCCUUUCUGGAGGAGGUAAUAGCAGUUUCAAAGGAACAGACACCACAAGAUUUAUUUUCACAUGCUUUAGAAGAUUGCCAGAGAACCUGCAUGACCGUGAUUGACACAGAUAACAGUGUAAAAGAACAAUCCUGUAAUAAUGAUACAGAUCUAUCAUUGGCAACGCUGGGAAAUGUUUUCACGGAACCACUAGCACUCCCUGAACAGAGCAUAGAGACUGCUGAACUUGAAGUCAGUGAUUUGUUGAAACCUCUCAGUGAUUCCGAGAGUCCUAAAAUGAUAAACCAAUUGCAUGACAUAUUAGACUACCAGGGUCAUGUCUUUUCCAGUGAUAUAUCAGCAGAUGAGAACAGUGAUGCCCUUCCAGUAGAGCUUGUGACAGCUCUGAAUUCCUUGUCAGGGUCUGUAAUACAGUCUGACAGUCCUGUAGCACCAAACAAGAGACAGCUUACCGCUGAGGAAGAGCAGUUAAAUUCGGAACCCAGUACUCCCCAGCAAGAUGAUGACUGUACACAAAUAACAAACCUGUCGGAGCCUCAGCUUCCUACGAUUCACAUGGAAGAAAUAAAAGCCUUAACAGGAUCUAACUUGCAGAGGACAACAAAUGAGCAACUUGAGGGUGAUCAGCAGAAAGGGAAAGAAGCAAUUUCAGAUUAUUGGAGUGCCAUCUCUAAUGAAAAACAAAAUGAGGAGGGAAGUUUGCAUUCAGUGGAGGCUGUUGUAUGUGCAGAAACCAAUAAAACAGCAUCAGGGAGAACAAUGCAGCUAGAAAAGUCCUCCUCAAUAAAGUGCAGAGAUAGUAUUUCCUGUCAUCACCACACACUGGAAGAGACACAGCAGAGUAUGUCUCACAAUCACAAUACAACAAGAAACAAACCCAAGGAUUUUAGGUAUGACGAAGUCAUGUGCAGUAUUCUCAAAUUUUUCUUUUUAUUAAUCUAACAAAUGUAAUUCAUACAGACUGCUCAUUCCUCACAUUAGUGAUUUUAGGUGAUCCAAAAGUAAAGGUUUUCCUUCUAUUUAAAGAUCUGGAAGUCGGUUUCUUUACUGAUUUACCAUUUAUUCAGUACUGCCUAAGCUAGCAUAUAUCCUAGCAUGCUAUUAGAAACUUCAUUUUAAAAUCAAAUAUGUUAACCUUCUUAGGUCUAUCACAAAUACCAAUUAAUAUAGGAAAUAAAAUACUUGUUUUGAUUCUAAACAAAUCUCUUGUCAGUAAAAUUCAGAAACCUGCUUCUAAAGGCAAGGAAGAUCUAGAAACCAACAUGUACCAAGAAAUAACUACCAAUGAGGAUAAAAAUGCUGAGGUGAUAAGGAGAAGCAAAAGAAUCAAAGAUAAAAUGAGUAAGAUAUUC